AUGGAAGCACUCAAAGCACGAUUCCCUGACUUGGCCUUCUGCCCCCUUCGGAAACCAACUGGGUUUGAUCCCGCUACGAUUCACUUACCCGUUGGCCACGUCAAAGCGGAAGGGCGGCGACCCUUCACCGUCGAGUGUGUCUUCGCCAGGGACGUGGAAGUACUAAUGCGUGACGGCAUCAAGAUCUACUCUGAUGUAUUUCGGCCCGCGAGCUCAAGCGACCCGGGUGGCCAGGUCCCUGCGAUUAUAGCAUGGAGCCCUUAUGGAAAAGAUAGCAGUAUGCAUUUCAUUUCACACAUUCAUGCGGAUUACAAACAGCUGAUUGAUACAGAGGGCCACUCAUACGAUCAUAUGGGACCUUUCCGCUGUGGGCUCAAGCUGGAUCAAACUUCCGGAUACGAAAAGUUCGAGGCUCCUGAUCCAGCCGACUGGUGUGCUAGAGGCUAUGCCGUCAUUAACCCUGACGCUCGAGGCGCUGGGUUCUCUGAAGGAGAUAUUGCCCAGUGGGGAGAUCAGGAAGCCUUUGACUUGCACGACCUUAUUGACUGGGUUUCUAAGCAACCAUGGUGUAAUGGCUGCGUUGGUACGGCUGGAAACUCUUGGCUUGCUAUCGCACAGAUCAACGUUGCUGCUCGAAGCCCUCAUCCGGCUUUAAAGGCAAUUGCGCCGUGGGAGGCUGCGACUGACGGAUACAACGAUUUCAUGGCCCGGGGUGGCAUUCCCCGCAGCGGAUUCAUGGGAAUGCUGUAUCAGACAAUGACUGGUAACAGGGGAGCAGAAGACGGUGGUGCCAUGGUUGAGAAACGACCGCUCUUUGACGAGUACUGGGCGACCAAAGUCAUCCCAGUCGAAAAUAUUGACCUCCCAAUGUAUCUCACGGCAUCUUAUUCCACCUGUCUUCACUCUCGCGGGUCGUUUGAGACUUUCGCCAAGGCAAAGUCCACUCAGAAGUGGCUCCGGGUUCAUCAUACGCAAGAAUGGUACGACAUAUAUCGCAAGAAGAAUAACGACGAGCUCCAGAAGUUUUUCAACAGGUAUUGCAAAGGAAUCUCGAAUGAUUGGGAGCAAACCCCAAGGCUUCGACUGUCCCUUCUUGGCUUUGACGGCAGUCCGGCAAAGACUAUCGUGGAGCGCGCUGAGGCUGCCUUUCCGGUCCCGGGAACCGAGUAUCGCAAAUUCUUCCUCGACGCUACGACUUUGUCGUUGUCACUCGAGAAACCAGCAGCUGAAUCAAACACCAGUUAUGAAGCACAUCACAUGACUGACUGCACAGACUUCAGCGUUCGUUUCCACGAGUAUACAGAGGUUUCUGGAUAUCCUGUAGUCAAGUUAUGGAUGUCCUGUGACGAGCAUGACGACAUGGACGUGAACAUACAGAUUCGGAAGAUUGACGCCAAUGGAAAACUACUUACCAGCCUCAAUUACCCAUGCCCUGUACCGGCCGAGGAGGUCGCCAAUACGAAUGUCGCCAAGUUUCUCGGUUGCGAUGGGAUGUUGAGGGCUAGCCAUCGAGUUUCGAAGGAGAUUUUAGACGGGCUCCCGAGGUAUAAGCACGAUCAAUUAGAAAAGAUUCCCCCGGGAACUAUCAUAGAUCUUGAGAUUCCUCUAUGGCCUAUUGGUAUGGUCUUUGGAAGUGGUGAGGGAAUUGUUCUGAGAGUUGCUGGACAUGAGUUGCGACUACCAGAGCUUGAGGUUCUUCAGAAUAAGAAACCUACAGAUGCUAAUAUUGGGAGGCACCAAAUUCAUACAGGUAAACAGUGGGAUAGUUAUUUGCUAUUGCCUGUUAUUGCUAGCAGUAAAUAG